AUGGACGUUGAUACCCAAUACAAUCAGGCCGACUCACCUGAUUCGAAUGCUGCCAUGAUGGCUGACAAUGUCUUAGUAGACGAUGAGAUCAGCAAGGUCAAUGGCAAUGACUCUGACAUUGAAAGAGACAUGAACUCUGUCUCUGGCAGUGGUGAAGAAGAAGGUAUCAAGACAGAUGUUGAAGAGUUUGUUAAUGAAGACCCAUUUGAUGCUCCUAACAUGCCUGAAAACCCUGUCCAUUGGUUCAUUGCUACCUUUGCCGUUCUUUUUAUCUCGCAUUAUGUUGUUAACAAAGGUGCCGCCAUAUUGAUUGAAUUUAUCAAUCAGUUACUCAAGAUCUACGGCAAAGAUUUCCAAUUACCAAAAAACUGCCACAAAGUUUACAAACAAGAUGUGCCUCUCCCUACUCAUUGCGACUUCAAAAAGCAUGGUUCUCGAUCAGCAUGUAAUUGUGAAUUGAUGAAGGUUUCAUCUUCUGGUGCCAUGCUUAAGGUCGUAGAUACACUAUGCAACGUCUAUGGUGGUGCUAUGUGGAAGGAGCUAAAGGACCAAAGUGGCGUAUCGUUUGUGGAUGAAUCUCGUUCAUUGAUGCUAACAAUGAACAUCAACUGGUUCCAGCCAUUUGAUGGCGUUACAUAUUCAACUGGAGCUAUCUACCUUGCAAUAAAUAACUUGCCUUGUGAGGAAAGAUUUAAGCUUGAAAAUGUCAUCCUUUUGUUUACGGGGAUAACCAUCCCAACCUUUGAGUGCCCAGCCGGUGUUAAUGUACGUGCCGCAUUACAUAUAGUUGCCUGUGACAUCCCCACUGCCAGGAAGACCAGUGGAUUCACCACCCACAACAGUACUUGUGCAUGUCCCAGAUGUGUGAGGCAGUUUACCAGGUUAUCAAGCACCAAUCAGGUCGACUUCAGUGGGUUCGACUAUUUGACGUGGAAAAUCCAUAGCGGUCUGGAAAACAGGUUGCAUGCUGAGGAGUGGAAGAGUGCCAGUACGCCCUCAGAAAGGCAUCAGUUGGAAAUCAAAAAUGGUAUUUGA